CGCGCGCCCGCGCCCGCCGCCGCCCAGUGGGACCCCGGCGCGCCGGCGCGGCGAUGGCGGCGGUCACCGUGAAGGCCUACCUCCUGGGCAAGGAGGACGCGGCUCGCGAGAUCCGCCGCUUCAGCUUUUGCUUCAGCCCCGAGCCCGAGGCGGAGGCCGAGGCCGCGUCCGGUCCCCCGCCCUGCGAACGGCUGCUGAGCCGGGUGGCCGCGCUGUUCCCCGCGCUGCGGCCCGGCGGCUUCCUGGCGCACUACCGCGAUGAGGAUGGAGACUUGGUUGCCUUUUCCAGUGAUGAGGAGCUGACAAUGGCAAUGUCCUACGUGAAGGAUGACAUCUUCCGGAUUUAUAUUAAAGAGAAGAAGGAGUGCCGGCGGGACCAUCGACCCCCAUGUGCUCAGGAGGCACCCCGCAACAUGGUGCACCCCAACGUGAUCUGUGAUGGUUGCAAUGGGCCGGUGGUGGGGACACGCUACAAGUGUAGGGUCUGCCCCGACUAUGACCUGUGUGCUGUGUGUGAAGGGAAGGGCUUGCACAGGGAGCACAGCAAGCUUGCCUUCCCUAGUGCCUUCACGAACCUCUCUGAGGGCUUCUCGCACAGCCGUUGGCUUCGGAAGCUGAAACAUGGGCACUUCGGGUGGCCUGGCUGGGAGAUGGGCCCACCAGGGAAUUGGAGCCCACGGCCCCCUCGAGCAGGAGAUGCCCGUGCCAGCCCCACAGCAGAUUCAGCUUCUGGCCCAUCAGAGGAUCCCAGUGUGAAUUUCCUCAAGAAUGUAGGGGAGAGCGUGGCGGCUGCCCUCAGCCCUCUGGGCAUUGAAGUUGAUAUUGAUGUGGAACAUGGUGGGAAAAGAAGCCGCUUGACACCUGUCUCCACAAGCAGCUCCAGCACUGAAGAGAAAUGCAGCUCCCAGCCAAGCAGCUGCUCUUCUGACCCCAACAAAUCAGAGGGGGAUGUGGAGGGUGCAGCACAGUGUUUGGCAGAGCAAAUGAAGAAGAUAGCUCUGGAGUCGGGGGUUCAGUCUGAGGAACAGAUGGAGUCUGAUAACUGCUCAGGAGGAGAUGAUGACUGGACUCAUUUGUCUUCAAAAGAAGUGGAUCCAUCUACAGGUGAACUCCAGUCUCUGCAGAUGCCUGAAUCUGAAGGGCCAAGCACUCUGGAUCCUUCCCAGGAAGGACCCACAGGACUAAAGGAAGCUGCGUUGUAUCCACAUCUUCCACCAGAAGCUGAUCCUCGGCUGAUUGAGUCCCUCUCCCAGAUGCUGUCCAUGGGCUUCUCUGAUGAAGGCGGGUGGCUCACCAGGCUCCUACAGACCAAGAAUUACGACAUCGGGGCUGCCCUGGACACCAUCCAGUAUUCAAAGCACUCACUGCCAUUGUGACAAUUUUUGCCCACCUGUUCUGUGUCCCCUGUCUCAUAGUUGUGUUGUGCUAUUGUAGUACCCCAGGGCCUCUAUAAGGGCCAGUUUAUCUGCAUUCUUCUUCCAGAAUCUGGGGGGUGGGGAUGCAUGAAGCCAUUUAGGGCAAUAGAAUAAGUGACAUAGGGAGGGAGCUCCCAGUGUGUGUGUAUGAGAGAGAGGGAGAAAGAGAGAGAUGUUGUUUUUGAUGUCUGAGAAACACUGAUCAGUUUCCCUUGGGUGCUCUGGCUCCACACAGCCAGGCCCCCAAGGUCCCAAGGUUCCCCAAGGCAGAGGGAGACUCCGUGCUAGGAGACGCUGACACCACACCACAUCACAUCCUUGCUCUUCCUGCCAGGUUACGCCAGCAGUGCACACUGUAUCUUGCCUAAUGGCCUUCUGCUUUUAAAAAAAGUAACUAAUAGUAGAUUGAGACUGACAAGUAGUUGAUUUUCUGCUCCAGGUUUAGGCAGAGCACCACCAGCAGAACGAGACUCCUGCAGGAGUGCUGGAGGUGAGAGAGCCCAGGCUUUCAUCUGGGGAAUGAAGGGCCACGAAGGGGCGCUGAUGUGGGCGCUCACUCACUGCUGCCUGUUCCAUAACCACUGUAGUUCUCGUUUCCAGGUGUCUGUUUUGACAGUAAGAAAACCCCUUUGUAGCCAUUCUGUUCCCAUAUUUGUAAACGAACUAAUUAAAUGGUAUAAGCACUUUAAUCAAAGCUGUUGUAACUGUUGAGAUGAUCUGUUUGACAGCCAUGUUUAUUGCCAGUUUUUGGUAGUUCCCAUAAACUGUUCUCAGUCCCAUUUAAAAGCAACUUGGGGAGGCGUGUUUCCAGUGACAGGUGUGUAGUAGACAAGGGCUUACAUUAACAAACGUCUAUAUAAAGAUCUAUUGACAUUAUAACACAUAUGUCUCAAUAUAAUACUCUAGUCUCAGUUCACAGAUUGUCAUCAAAGUCCUCGUCGGUUUUAAAGAGGUCACGUAGUUGCACAAGUGGGAGUUCCUGUGGCUGCUCUGGGGUCUUCCCACAGGCCCUGGGAGACACAGACAUGGGGGUAUGGGUGGUCUGCAGGAGCUGGAAUGCACUGGGGGAGCCUCUCAGGUGCCCUUCACUGAGGUUAUGGGGUCCUGGGGUCGCUUGUUCAGCCAGCCUGAGUGCUCUCUGCGGGAGUGUCGGGGAGUCCGUGUGUACACAGGAACAGUUUUCAGGUGACAGAAGAAAUCGUCUCCACUUGGAAGUUGCGCUGACCUGCUGGGCAGGCCGUGGUGGUUGUCCCCUGUUGUCCCAGUCUUCACAACUACUGCCUUUUUGGCCCUCUGCCAGGACAGCCUGGCCCUGCAAUGGAGAGGGGAGGAGAGAGUCACGUGCUCUGUUCUGAAAGCGUGCCCCUGGCCCAGCAAGACCCAGGGCUGGAAGGAAGGGACCCUGUGCCACGCUGCAGCUUUGCUUCACUUCUCCCUCAGGUUCUGCCACUGCUCUAAGCUCAACUUAGCAGUGCUGAGGGCUCGCCGGCCAGAGACAUGCUUUGAUUUUAAAGUGUAUAGCAAAGCAAAGCAAAGCAAAGCCCUCUGCAUCACCCCAAAUACUCCACUGAAUUUCACGACCAGGCUUUCCAAAACUGGAAGACAGUCUCACAUGAUCAGGCAAUCUUCAUGGGGAUCUUAGCAUCAGGAAAGGGGGUGCCUCAGAGGAGGUGUGAGCAGGAAAGGCUCAAGAGUGCAUCUGGGAAGGGAUGGAGAGACCCUACCCUGCCUGCUCACUGUAUUGCUCACAGGAAGGGCUGAGGGUUUUGAAAAUGCAUGAAAGCACCCAAGGGGCUUGACUUAUAUUCACCUCAGAAACAACUGAAAAUUGGGUUUCUCCACCCACAGUGGAAUUUGAAAACCAUGGCAGAUGGGGCCCGGUAUCCCCACUCCCUGUCUCUCCUACUGACUUGCUAUGACCUGACUGGGCUUUUGGUAGCCUUAGUUCCUCACGUUCGAAACAGAACAGGCUUGUGGCGAGCACUGCACUGAUAAAGCGUGCAAGUGUCCAACCCAGGACCGGCACAGGGUAGAAUCAGUGACUCAUUAUUCUAAAAUUUGGAAUGAGUGCCAACACUGCUGUCUGACUUCUGCACUGAGGUCUGAGGCUGGCCUCUGGUGGGGGAGGCAGUGUAGAGGAAUACCUGCAUUCUGUAGCCUUGAAAGCCUGAUAAGUGAAGGUGAGGGGGGAGAACAUUACUCAGAAAGCCAGGCACAUUGAACAGCCUGGCAGACCCUCUACUCGGAGGACAUGAUCUGUCCUGAAUGGAAAACCCUCCUGGUCAACCCUGGCUCCCUCCAAGCCAUCAUGAGACUCUUCUGACCGGGAGUUAACAUCACUGGAUGAGCAUGGCAGGGAAACGGUGCAGGCCAGAGCAAAGAGUUGACUCUAACAGAGGACACCAGGUAGGAAGCUGGGCUUUAUGGGGGCCUACAUCUUACAUAUUUCAAUUGUUGCCAAAAGAACACAAAAAAUUCUCUGUGCUCAGUGGUCACUGGGACCAGUUGAGAAACUAUAUCCUCAGUCACUGACCUUCUGGGGGUUCCAGGUGACCUCAGAGUUGCUUGACUCCUGGACAUCAGGGCUGUGUGGAGGCUGGACUAUGCUCUGGUUCCAUUUCCUGGCAGGUGGAACUGCUGUCAGAAUCCAGUCCCAUCAUGGCAGGGCUGAGCCUGACUUGGUCACACAGCAUAAUCUUGUCAUCCCUCUCAAUUUCCCAGGUGGCUGCUUGGCUUCUGCCUCAUGGCCAAUAACAGGAUGCCCAACAUCCAAAGCAAUCUAUAUCUGCGCGCCACAGCUUAUUGCAAGAAAGUUCUAUUUUGAACAGGAACUUAGCUCCCUCCUUUAGAGCACCCGCCCGGUAAAUCAGAACCUAAAUCUAGAUAAGGCGGUCUCAGAAAACUCACUGAAAUGCAGAGUAAGUCUGGAGGGGAAUCCUGUAAGAGGCAGGUCUUGCCUGCUCUAAGCUAAAAGCUUUUGGCCAGGUUGGCUACUCUUAGCCAACCCUGCCAUUAAAAAAUUCUUCCCUGGGUCUCCCCGGUGGCGAAGCGGUUGAGCGCUGGGUUGC